AUGUCUUCUCAAAGGUCAGACACGCUGGGGCACGUUCUCGAUGUCCUCAAAGGAUCAGCUAUCGCAGAAGAACGCGGAAAAGAUGACAAUUCAAAGUUUCGAGCGACGUACAAGAAAGUCUCGACUGAGUAUGACGACGACUUCCUCGAGCGGGCCAAUGACGAUAUAGCCAUUAUUCUGACUUUCGCUGGUCUGUUCUCAGCCGUUAAUUCCACCUUCAUCGUCGGGAUGCAACCUGAUCCAGGAGACACUACCAAUGUCCUCCUCUUGUAUCUAAUCCAAUUAAAUGUUGACGGACCAAAUUCAUUACCUAACGUCAACACUCUUUCCUCAUCGACGGAUCUGGACGCAAACGCUUGCCUCGCAUUCAGCGUCUUGGCCGCGUUUGGAGCUGUUUUGGGAAAACAAUGGCUGAACUCUUACAAGACAGCUCGAGGACGAGUGACGCUCGAAGAGCGCGGCAUAGAGAGACAAACGAAGUCAUCUGCACUACAGCUUUCGGCAUUCUGUUCUAUGUCGGCACUAUCUUCGUGUCGGCCUUGCGCCCGGACAGUCCUUUCCAGACACCAAUCUCGGAGCUACUGGUAG